GGAUAAUUAUCUAUCCCCUUAGGGGGGAAAAAAAAAAGGGAAAAUACCACUCCCUGUGAAGACGAAAAGUUGAAACCAAAAUAAUCCAAGAGAUUUUAGAAAAAUCCCAAAACCCUUUCCCUGUUGAAAUAAUGGAUUUGCGCCCUUGCAUAAAAAAUGGCAAUUGUAAUUUGAGAGAUUCAAUGUCCAGUGAAGUUGAAGAAGAAACCCUAGACGACCGUAUCAGUCAAUUGCCAGACGCACUACUGGUACAAAUUCUCUCUCUUUUGCCUACAUGUGAUGCGGUCGCAUCAUGUGUUGUCUCAAAGAGAUGGCGUUAUCUUUGGAAUUCUAUUCAUAAUUUCCAUUUCGCUUGCUACAAUAAAGUAGAAAAUUUCGUAUCUCUUGUGGAUCACGUCUUGAUUCAUUCCACUUGUUCCAAGAUCAAGAAAUUCCAACUCGAUUUACCUUACAAUUCUGAGUGGAACUUUGAUUCGAAUAUUAACCAAUGGAUUAGUUUUGCUGUUGAAAGAAAAGUGGAAGAUGUUAGAUUGUCUUCAUAUGAAGAUGUCGCUUUCGAAUUGCCUAUAUCUAUGUGCACUUGUUCCUCAUUGAUUACAUUGGAUUGGAGCUCUUGCGUGUUUGAUAAAGAAUCGGUCAUACAGUGGAAGUCUCUAAAGAGCCUAAAGUUGGAAUAUAUAUCUAUAGAUGAUGAUGAUCUCGCGAAGAUACUGUCAGGCUGUCCUGCUUUGGAAAAUAUGGAGUUGUCUUUCUUCAAUGGUUUUCGUCGUCUAGAAAUCACUUCUUCAAAUUUUAAGAGACUAACGUUAGCGCGCUACUGGUGUUUUUAUGAAACACUUGAGGAUCAUUUGGAAAUUAUUGCCCCGUAUCUUCAGCAUUUGGAGAUUUUAGGAGGCCUUGAAUAUCUCAAGUGUAGGCUAGUAAAUGUCUCCUCUUUGGUUAAUGCAAGACUCACUUUUAACAUUACAUGUAUCCCUAAUGCCGAGGAUGGCGGUUGUGGUGAUUACCAUCAAGAUUUUAGCAACCUUGUUCAGGACUAUCUUCAGAAACUGAGUCAUGCAACUGACCUAACAAUUGGACGGUGGUUAGCAGAGGUCGUGUUCAUGUUGCAACUCAAAGGAGUGUCGCUACCAAAAUUGAGAUGCAAAUGUCUAACACUAGAGAUGUACGUGACAAAGUAUAAUUUGUAUGGAGUAGCUAGCCUUUUGCAGACCUCGCCUCUUUUGGAGACACUCAACAUACACUUGGGACACUUUGGAGCCAGGUUUAAUGAUUACCGCUGCCAACUUGAGCUAAGUUAUUUGGCCAAAGCGGAUAAUAUCAAUUUGCUGAGUUGGAUUUCAAACACUGUGUUUCCCAAUCUCAAGAAUGUUAAGAUUGCCGGCUGCACAGUGGAAUGCCUGAAGCGGUUUGGAGAGGGCAAUGAUAAGCUCUUUGAACUUUCAGAGUUUCUACUAAUGAAUGCACUGACUUUGAAGAAGUUUGUCAUCGUAUCAGAAAAGAGAAUCUGCGGGGAAUGUUCAGAGAGCUGUGUGUCCCAAUAUUUAUCGCGAUUGGCUAAGAAAUUGUUAGACUGCCCAAUAUCAUCUAAGAAGUUUGUGAUUACUUACGAAGAGUCUACCUUGCAUGACUAGACUGGAAGUGAUUUUGUUUCGGCAUACUAGAAAUGUCACUUUAUUUUGUAGCUUUUGAUUUACUGCAGAUGUAAUUAUGGACUUUGAAGCCACGACUGAGCAAGGGGCUAGAACUACUCAACUGUUACCCUGUUCUGCCAUAGAAAUUGUUGUUUAGGUGAUAAGUUGUGGUACUGCUCUAUGUGUUUUUGAGGUUGAUGGUGUGCACAGGAUGGGGAUAUGUUCAUGCCUGUGUUGACUCUUGUACUUCAAUGUUCACUUGGUAAUAAAAUUGUUUAUUUACCAAAAAAAUUAUGGACU